AGCUAGAGCGAGAGACUAUUCGCUUGCAUGUACAAGAUUUGGAUUGAAGCCGGAACAUGCUAAUAUCUGGCUUAUAACAUACUUAUAAUCAACCAUUUACGCGUUGAACACCUUGUCGGUAAAUAGAGCAUUCGAAAAGAACUGGGAAUAAUUUGAGAACCCCAAUACAAUGUAGUAAAAAUAAUAAUGGGCAGACUUUGAUAUCUAGCCUUAGUUUUGGUGAGGUAAUUUGUUCCGAUUUGAUUCCCAUUGUCAAGCUAGUAGCUUGCGUUCCGUCGCGAUUUGUGAAUCACACACCGUUUAAACGGGGUAUCACUUCACUUCUUCACAUAUAUUCAUUGGGUAUUAGCGUCGGGAAUAAUAUUAAUUGAAAUGAAAUCGGGUUUAAUCCCUACUUACAUGGUUUUAUGAGGACUGGUCCGGGCAUACAUUUGUGGUUUCAAAAGGAAUCUUUCCGUACACCAGACUUUACGUUUUUGUAUCAUUCGAACGACUACUGUUUCCGCUAGGCGUCACCCGAUCAUUCACGACAUGACAAUUUAUAUUUAUUUUUUUCAUGUCGUGCAAAAUAUGUACUAACUAACCAAGGUAGAAAGAAAGAUGGAAGUGAAUAACUCAGCAAAUGUGGAUGCAACCAUGAAGGAUGUUGAAAAUAUCCCAACGGAUGAAUUACCAGAUUCCGUGGUAAAACAAGAAAGUGACUGUACGCCAUUGCAAGUUGAUGGUUUCUCAGAUUCCGUGAUAAACCAAAAAAGUGACUGUACACCAUGGCAAGCCGAUGGACUCCCAGACUCAAAGUUGACCAACACAAAUAACUUUAAACCGCCUGAUGGUGGAUGGGGGUGGUUUGUGUGCUUUACGGCAUUGGUGGCCAAUGGGACAGUCAUUGCGAUUAUAAAUACGUAUGGAAUUAUAUAUGUUGCAAUCGAAGACAAAUUUUCUACCAAAGAACAAAGUAUAGCUUUUAAAACUUCAUUGGUGGGUUCUGUAUGCACCGCAAUGACAUUCCUAAUGUGCAUUGUGGCUAGCAUUCUCAGUGACAAAAUUGGUAUAAGGCAAACAGCGGCUUUAGGUGCUGUUCUUGGUAUCAUUGGACUCUUGGGAAGUGCUUUCGUGGAGACACUUGAAAUAUUGUAUCUCACCUAUGGAAUAUUCCUUGGACUCGGGUCAGCGUUUGUUUUGUUCCCAUCUGUUUUUAUAUUAGGGCAUUACUUUAGGAAGCAUUUAGGCCUUGUAAAUGGAAUAGUAACAUUUGGAGGAGGCGUAUUUACGAUUUGUUCCUCCCUUUCUUUUCCGAUCUUAUUCAAAAAUAUUGGCCUCAAAUACACGUUCAUAAUACUCUCUGGAUUUUAUUUGAUAUCAUUGGGAUGUACAUUAACCUGGAAACCCCUGCUACCAAAACAACCAGAUACCACAACAGGAAAGGAAGCCGACACAGGUGAAUCGAGUUGUUGCAGAUCUCUAGUAGGUUAUCUAAAUAUGGGAAUAUGGAAGAAUAAAGAUUAUGUGGUGUGGUCUUUAUCAGUGUUUCUGUCAUUGUUUGGAUAUCUCGUGCCUUUUUAUCACUUGCCUAAGUAUUCCGAACAGUUGUUUCCUGGGUCUAAGGGCAGUUAUUUAGUUUUGUGUUUGAACAUUGCAUCAUGUGUUGGCAAACUUGUGUGUGGAAAACUGGCUGAUCUACCUUGUGCUAAUCGCGUCCGGAUGCAGCAAGCAGCUUUUGGUGUGGUGGGUGUGGUGACUAUGUGCAUACCUUUAGCUGAGCAUUAUUACAGUUUAAUAGCAGUAAGCUUAAUCAUUGGAGCAUGUGAUGGCUUCUUCCUCUGCUUAAUUGGACCUAUAGCUUUUGAUUUGGUUGGACCAAUCGACGCUUCACAGGCGAUAGGUUUCGCAUUUGGAAUGGCAGCAAUUCCGUUGUCUGUUGGACCUCCAGUUGCAGGUGCUCUGUAUGAUAAUUUAGGAUCGUACCCUAUUGCCUUUCAUUUGGCUGGUGUUCCGCCCGUAAUAGGAGCUUUGGGGAUGUUCUUUGUUAAGAAGAAACCAAGACCACUAGCCACCCAGAGUGAAGAACAGAUGAACAUGUUAACAGAACUAUAGCACACACCAAAUAAAUAUAGCAAUAAAUUACAAAAACAAUCUGUAAAAUAAAGCCUUCGAUCGAUUAUUAA